UUACUUGUCAUGCAGAUCUGAAACUGAGUUAAUACAGUUCAAAUGUCUUCGUGUCGGAGAAUCUUAAACUAACCGAGAAUGGAUCGGAUACUCAAAGCUGCUCGAACCUCCGGUUCUCUCAACUUAUCAAAUCGCGCUCUCAGGGAUGUACCGAAUGAGGUAUAUCAAAAUUUGGAUACUGCUGGAGAGGGUGACAAGUGGUGGGAGGCUGUGGAUUUACAGAAGCUGAUAUUGGCUCAUAAUAGUAUUGAAGCAUUGAAAGAGGACCUGAGAAAUUUGCCUCUACUUACUGUGCUGAAUGUUAGCCACAACCAACUUUCUGAACUUCCGGCUGCAAUAGGAGAGCUUCACUUGCUUAAAUCCUUAGAUGUUUCCUUUAACUCAAUACACAAAAUACCUGACGAGAUUGGAUCAGCAACUUCACUUGUCAAGUUUGAUUGUUCGAGCAAUCAGCUUAAAGAAUUACCAAGCUCACUUGGAAGAUGUUUAGAUUUAUCUGAUUUCAAGGCGUCGAACAAUUUUAUAACCAGCUUGCCAGAAGAUCUAGCGAACUGUACAAAAUUGAGAAAACUGGAUGUAGAGGGUAACAAACUAACAACUUUACCUGACAAUGUGAUUGCAUCCUGGUCCAUGCUUACAGAACUCAUUGCUUCAAAAAAUUUGCUGACUGGUAUUCCAGAAACCAUUGGGAGGCUUUCCAGGCUCAUUCGUCUUGAUCUUCAUCAGAACAGAAUUUCUUCAAUCCCAACUUCAAUAUCUGGCUGCAGUGCCCUUAUGGAAUUCUAUAUGGGGAAUAAUGCAUUGUCUACAUUACCAGGGGAGAUAGGGAUGCUUUCGAAGUUGGGGACAUUCGAUCUUCAUUCAAACCAGUUGAAGGAGUACCCAGUGGAGGCAUGCCGAUUGCGUCUUUCAGUCCUGGAUCUUUCUAAUAAUUCAUUGACUGGAUUGCCUCCUGAGCUUGGUAAAAUGACUAGUCUGCGGAAACUGUUGCUUGUGGGCAAUCCUUUGAGAACUUUGAGAAGCUCAUUGGUUUCUGGACCUACACCUGCUUUACUGAAGUUUCUUCGAAGUAGACUUUCGGAGAGUGAAGAUUCUGAAGCCAGUACAGCUAAAGAAGAUGUGCUUGCCAUGGCAACUCGAUUGUCUAUUACCUCAAAGGAACUUUCUUUGGAAGGGAUGAAUUUGAGUGCUGUCCCAUCAGAAGUAUGGGAAUCAGGUGAAAUCAUUAAACUUGAUCUUUCUCGGAAUUCCAUUCAAGAGCUGCCACCUGAACUUUCCUCGUGUGUCUCCCUCCAGAGUUUGAUUUUAUCUCGGAACAAGAUUAAAGAUUGGCCAGCUGCAAUUUUGAUGUCACUUUCUAAACUUUCGUGGCUGAAGAUGGACAAUAAUCCUCUGAGACAGGUUCCAGCAGAUGGAUUUAAAGUAGUUCCUAUGCUUCAGAUCUUAGAUCUGAGUUAUAAUGUAGCUUCAUUGCCGGAGAAUCCAGCAUUUUCCAGCUUACCGCUGUUGCAGGAGCUUUACCUGAGACGAGUCCAGCUUCGUGAAAUUCCAUCAGAUAUACUGAGCUUACAGCAGUUGCGGAUCCUUGACUUGAGUCAAAAUUCACUUCAAUCAAUUCCUGAGGGGUUGAAAAACCUUACUUCACUUACUGAGCUUGACCUGUCUGACAAUAACAUUUCUGCACUUCCCCCGGAGCUGGGUUUACUAGAACCCAGCCUCCAGGCUUUGAGACUUGAUGGAAAUCCACUGAGAAGCAUCCAGAGGACGAUUUUGGACAGAGGCACCAAAGCGGUUCUCAAAUAUUUGAAGGACAAACUUCCAGAGCAAUAAUCUGAUCAUCUUUCUCUUCACUUCGUUUGGUUGGGUCAACAUUUGUAUUUUAUACGUUUUCUGAUUGAAACUUUAAUUUGAAACAGAUCAUAUGCUUGUUCCACUUGAGUGUUAAAGGUUUGUAACGAGUAAAAGAGGAAUUCUAUCAUUCUGGUUUUCAAUGAC